AUGGCUCUUCGGACAACGCGCUACAUCCCAGACCACCUCAGCCGAGCAACUCAAAUACAGCUAUCAAGGAUACCAAUUACCGCGAAACCUACCGAUAUUCGCCGUCUUGUAGCCCGAGCUCAAGCUCCAGGGGUGGAGGAUGUGGCUAUUGAAUAUCGCCAACUAGAGCCUACUGGUCGUGCCUUCCUCAAACUGACGCAUACAAGUCUACUAAUGCCUUGUCUUACUGCACUCGAAAGUGUUUCAAUAGCUGGCGUCCAUCCACUGGCUGAACCCUCUGAUCGCAAAGCUUCCCGAAGCACAUUCAGCGGACUCAGCUCAGAACUUGGAAGCGACGGAAAGCAUGCAGUGGUGGAGGGAAUUCCGAGUGGGGCUGGUGGGGGUCAUACAGUCCUCGAGCAGUUGUUGGCCUCCAUGCAUUUCCGCCGACCUCAUACGAACGAAAGAUACGUCGAAAAAUUGGCAUCGCGAACUCAGGCCAUACAUCGCUUUCUCGUUCGUCUUGCUUCUCCUGCAGAGGCCCAACGUUUGGUUAGGCUUGUCCAUAUGACGCAUUAUCUUCCUUCUCUCUAUGGCACCAAGUAUCCUCUGCGGGCACGGGUAAUAUAUUGA